CGAAUUUUGGGCCUCGCUUGUAAUCUCGGAAGGAUGGGCAAAGCCCAAGAAGUGGCCCUCACCUCCCAGGAGCCGGGGGAGCGGCUGCCCUUGCUGGCCCAAGCGGCUCCGCCAGCCAAGAUCUACCUGAGCCAGGAGGAAGUGGUGCUGCAGGCCGGUUCUGGCCCGUGGGCCGGCCUCCGCAAGGCCCUCUUUGGCCUCCUGGGGGCGCUCUUUGGCGGCAUGCUCCUCAUGGCAAUCCUGCUGCUGGUGACCAUGCCACGGCCAAAGCCAGCUCUGGCUUGGUGGCAGAGGGCCUCCUUCUAUCACCUGCCCAAGGCUGCCUUCCCGGACUCCGACGGCGAUGGCCAGGGAGACCUGGGAGGUGUGAGGGACCAUCUCGACCAGCUGUUGGAGCUGCCCGUCCACGGCCUUGUCUUGGGCUCCAUCUUUGGAGGUGACGUUGCCAACCUAAGCCAUGUCCAUCCUGCCCACGGCUCUUUGGGACACUGGCAAGCGCUUCUGCGUGAUGCCCGCAAGAGAGAGAUCCGAAUACUCCUCGAAUUCCCCGUCUGUGAAGAAGAGAUGGAUCCAGUGGCAGAGCCCAACCAAACAAGGCAGCUCCUUAAGAGAGCAAUGGCGUUCUGGGACAGCGAAGGCAUGCAUGGAUUCCUGGUGAAGAAGGAGCCCACGCGUUGCCUGGAAAUGGUAUUGGAUGCCUGGGGCGAAUUGGACCAGGAGAUCCCACCGGUUCGGGGAGAGGAGAGGGUCCUGAUGGUUUGGGAUGAGAGUGAAGCCUGCAACAUCUCCCACAAGGUGCCCAGCAGGGUCAUCCUCACUUGCCAUAUUCCGAGCUCCGGGAAGAACUUGACCUCUCAGGCCAUCGUCCAGCGAAUGGAGAGGAUUUUGGGUAACCCAGGCGCACCGUGGCCCAGCUGGAUGGUGCCGCAGAGUCUACUAGUGGAUAAUAAUUUGGGGCAAAUGUUGGGGGUCCUGCUUCUCACCUUGCCAGGAGUCCCUUUAUUGCCAGGAGGAAAGGGUUCCCCAAUUCAUCUGGAGAGAGACCCCAUGAACGGAAACACCAACGGGCACCCAUUGGCGAAUGUCUACCGCUCUCUCCUGGCCCUGCGAGCGAAUUCCUCCCCUCUUCGUGGAACUGGUUUUGCUCCGCUGACCCUCGCUGACCCCUCCGUGAACGUCUUGUCCUUCAUUCGGCCGGGGUCCUGUUCCGGCAUCCUGGUGGUCCUCAACCUGGGGUCGUACCCCUUCCAGCUGCGCCUGGAGCAACUGGGCAUCCCGGCCCCAGCCAAGAUCCUCUUUAACACUGCCUUGGUGUCCCAAACAGAGGUCAACAUGGAGGUGGUCAAGGUGGCACCCGGCCAAGCCGUCCUUCUCCGAGUGCCAAGAGGAUUGGGACAGUGACCGCUACUGGAAGCAAGGGGAACCCUCAUUGGCUGUGCUGUCGCCCAAUGGCAGAGUGACUCUUUCCCUAUUGGUUGUGUUAGUCUCAAUCUUAACCAAUGGCAGAGUAAUUCCUUUCCUAUUGGCCAUCACAGAUUCAAUCUUAGCCAAUGGCAGAGCAACUCUUUCCCUAUUGGUUGUUGAAGACUCAGUCUUAACCAAUGGUAAAGCUACUCCUUUCCUAUUGGUUAUUGCAAACUCAAUCUUAGCCAAUGGUAAAGCUACUCCUUUCCUAUUGGUUAUCGCAGACUCAAUCUUAGCCCAUGGCAGCGCAACUCCUUCCCUAUUGGUUGUCACAGACUCAGUCUUAACCAAUAGUAAAGCUACUCUUCCCUAUUGGCUGUCACAGAUUCAAUCUUAGCCAAUGGCAGAGCAACCCCUUUCUUAUUGGUUGUCACAGACUCAGUCUUAACCAAUGGCAAAGCUACUCCUUCCCUAUUGGCUGUCGCAGAUUCACUCUUAGCCAAUGGCAGAGCAACUCCUUCCCUAUUGGCUGUCACAGACUCAGUCUUAACCAGUGGCAAAGCUACUCCACCCUAUUGGCUGUUGCAGAAUCACUCUCAACCAAUGGUAAACCUACUCC